CACCAACAAGGUCUCACACAAACCUCUGGAAAUAAACCCUUUUUUUCGACAUUUUUCGAUAUUGAGUCAAAAUUUAUUUCUGAAGGCGAUGGCGAAUCCCAAGUCGAGCGGUGGCAACAAGUCCAAGGGCAAGGGUCACCAGAGCCGGCAGCCUCAUCAGCAACAGCAACAGCAAACGGACUCUUCGCCGCAAGCACAGCAGUUGGCGCCUGCACCUGUGGCCGCCACUGCGCUGGAUCCGCCCACUGCCACUCCGCUGGCCGAAACGCCCCCCUCGGAGGACACUUUGGCCUUGGCGGCCGCCGUCGCUGCCUCGAUUCCUGCCGCCCCCCUCUCCCGACCCGCCUCCGAUCGACGCGCUUCCACGCAGCCGCCGCCGGCGGUCACCCCAACCAGCAACAGUCCUACUGAGGCCGCCGCCAGCGAAGCUCUGGCCACCUCGGGAACGGCUUCGUCGGCAGCUGCGCCCCCCGAAAACAGGCGUAGCAUCUUCCAGCGGUUCUUCAGCUGGAACUAGUGAUGCAUUCUCCUCCUACUCCUCGCUGACAUUCCUUUUGGUCAAAAUUGAAGUGCCCUAACUCCGCUUUAACCUGUAAAUAAAAACCAAUCUGACCGACA